ACAAUGCCCCUUCCAGUAGUAUAUGUUCUAAGGGGGCUAUAAACCCUGAUAAACUCUAACCUCAAUUUAACUCUAACAUCGUCUAACAUAGUUGAAGCUUUUGCUUAUUCCAGUUUAUUCGUGUCCUCCGUGUCAUCUGCACGUCGCAGGGAGAUACUUGUGACAAUUAUUUUAAAGUAGUUGAAAUUUAUUUUGUCGUUUGUAUCGUAACGCGGAAAAUUUAUUGAUGUCAUGGAGACCGUGCCGAAAGAUUUGCGUGGAUUAAGAGCGUGUUUGGUAUGCUCCUUGGUUAAGACUUUUGACCAAUUCGAGUUUGACGGAUGUGACAAUUGUGAUGACUUUCUUCGUAUGAAGAAUAAUAAGGAUAAUGUUUUUGAUUGUACAAGCUCCAACUUUGAUGGAAUGAUCGCUGUAAUGAGUCCAGAAGAUAGUUGGGUAUGCAAAUGGCAAAGAAUAAAUCGUUUUUGUAAAGGCGUCUACGCCAUAUCAGUAUCAGGACGAUUGCCAGCUGGCGUAAUCAGAGAAAUGAAAAGCAGAGGAAUAGUGUAUAGGCCACGCGACACGAGUCAACGUUAAUUAUUUAAGAGAUCUCUGUGUAAGAUGUAAAUAUUACAUUUUUCUUAAUACUGCAUUAUAAGUAGAUCAACCGAUGUACGAUUAUUGUUAAGCUAAAUAUAUACAAAUAUUCUUGCAUGAUCAAUUUAAUGUAAUAGCACAUGUUUAUCAUUAGCUAGAAUUUCUAAAAAGUAUAAGUUUAAUAAACAAUUUAUAUAAACAUUGAA